UAUUGAAACCCAAACGUCCGCUUGGGGCAUUGAACCACCGUCCGCUUCGCUUCCCCGCUCUUCCCCUCUCAAACCCGCGCCCGGAACGGCGGCGGAGAUGCCGCGCCUGACGCCGGCGGACGCGUCCCUGAUCCUGGACCACGUCGUGGGGGACCCCUCCACCCCGGCCGCGGCGGCCAACGCGCUCCUCGCGGAGCUCCCCUUCCCCUCGCGCCCCACCCGGCGCCUCCUCCGCUCCGUGCUCCUCCGACGCCUCGGCUCCGACCCCGUCUCCCCGGCCGCGCUCGACACCCUCCAGCUCCUCGCAUCCCUACCCACCCCCGCGCCCGCCAUCGCCGCCGCCCACCUCGCCGUCGCCGCAUUCCUCGCCGCCUCCGCGCCCGACUUCGACGCCGCCGCGGGUGCCCUCUUCGCGCGCCCCGACGGCCGCGCGCGCCGCGCGGUCGAUGAGGGCGGGGACCCCGCGCUCGUCUCCCCCGAGGCCGUCGCCGUCGCGGACCAGUUCGAGGCCGCCGUCGGGAACGCCUUCUCGCAGUCCGUGCUGAGGGGGCUGUGGGGCGGCCGGGCCGCGGCGGAGGAGCGGGUCAGGGAGCUCCUAGUGGCCGAGUGGGCCGCAAUCGGCCCAUCGCAGCUGGAGGUUGCGGCCGAGCGGAUUGUUGGGGACGGCGCUGUGGAGACGUGGCGCGCCGCGGAGGAAUCCAUCCGCGCCAAGUACCGCAUGCUUGCUGGGGAAGAAAGAGCUCGUGAAAUUUUGAGCAGACUUGAAGAACCUACCUCUAAUGUAAAUCCAAUUUCGACGCCUGAAGUUCAUAAGGUUUUAGAUGCCCUAAAAUCAAGCUGUGCCGACCUUCAUAGUGCCGUCGAAGAUCCACUACCAGCUGCAAAAGCAGCUGCAGAUGAGGUGUUGGCUGCAAGGAUGGAUAAGGCAGUUGAUAUCAAUGCUGAAGAAGUCAAUAAUCAGGCAGCGAGUUGUAGUGCUGCUGCUGGUCCAAGUGCUCUUAAUAAUCAAGGUGAGGCAUCGAGGAAAGGCACACUAUCCAGCCUUAUGGAUUGGAACUCUACAGCACGGACUUUUCAGUGGGAAGACUCGCUUGAUCCUGAGGGUUCAAGAUCUCAAUCACAUAUACCACAUUUGCCUAGCCCAAGGAGAAACCAAGUUUCUCCUUUGCAACUGGCAGAUAAUAAAGCUAAGCGUAGAAGGGCAAGGAAGUGGAGCUCGGUAGAAGAAGAAACAUUAAGGAAGGGUGUGGAUCAGUUUGGUAGCAGCAACUGGAAGGAUAUUUUGAUCCACAAUCCCGAUGUUUUUAUUGGUAGAACAGCGGUGGACUUGAAGGAUAAAUGGAGGAACAUGAUGAGGUAACGGAGAAACAUGCCGGAGUUGCAAGUGUGGCUGAAUUACAUUAGGUUCUAGGGCACAUAUUGGUGUUUUGCUAUGGUGAAAUUGCAGGCAGGCCUUUUACAGCAUUGUAAGUUGGGAUAUGCACUUUGUUACUGUACAUCACUUGCUAACGGCAGUUUGCGUGAAGCUCUGUAUCGGUUUGCCUAGAUGCUAUUAUCGAUGUAAAGUCUGGUUAUGGUAUUUUCUGUCGUGCCAGAACGUUAUUUGUUGUCUGUAUAGGAUCAUGCUGGGUGCUUUGAGAUAA